AUGUCAAGUGCAUGCAUCAUCUGCCAUAAGCGCAAGGUGCGGUGUGAUUUCGCGACCCACAAUCCCUGUACCAAUUGUAUCAGGUCCCAAGUGGAAUGCAGACCAUAUACGCGAAAGCGCAAGAGAUUCACCAACAGUCUGUCGCCGGGACGCAAUGCACCGGCUUCGGAUUCCAUAAGUCGGCGCAGCUCGAAAUUGCCGACGGACCCGCCCCUUGAAGGCGAUGUCGCAACAAGAUCGUCCAGAGGCGUGCACGGGGAUGUUGUUGCGAAUGAGACUUUGGUAUCCAUUGAAAAUAAUGUGACUGAGCCUUUUAUCAAAGAGGAGAGCUACCGCGGUCGAGAUGUUACGCGAGCAAGGGGCGUUCGAGCUCCCCCCAUCUCCAUUCAGAAACAGUUAAUGGAUAAUUUCAAUAAGUACUGUGCUCCGUGGACUCCCGUUGUUGAUCCAAAAUGGCUCGAUGGGAAAGCCCCACCGUCUAUGCUCCUACUGCAGUCUAUCUUCCUCGCAGGAAGUCGAGUUUCUAAAGCACAUUUGGACUAUGGGUCGAGCGAGGUCUUUUAUCGACGCGCCAAGUUGCUCUUCUUUUUUGGUGGAGGCCAUGGGUCACUGAUCUCCAUUGUGGCUGCCUGCCUCUUGCAUUGGUACAACCCUGUUGGACCUGAGGAUGUUUCAACCGAUACCAGUGGAUUUUGGAUUCGAACCGCCGGGGCCAUGGCUUUCCAAAUUGGAUUACACAAAGAACCGUCACCAAAUGCUAAAGAUCGGGGACUUCGGCGGCGAUUAUGGUGGUCUUUGGUGAUUCGAGAUAAUGUCAUCUCUGUCGGAGUGGGACGACCUCGUACCAUCAAUUUACGCGACAGCGAUGUCUUACCUCCGUCGAUGAAAGAUUUCCCGAAGAAGGAUUUCCAAGCGCAGCUCUUUCUAGCAUACUGUACAAUAUCAUGUCUUUUAGGCGAUACGGUCGAGUGCUGUCUACGACGAGAAAUAUCCCGACAGCGACGAGUCGAUCUUGAAAAUGCCGUGUAUAGAUGGGCCAAACAGGUCAUCCCGAAACUGCACUCCUCGGCAGUGAACCAGGAAGAUGCAAUGACGUGUCAGCUCGAAGUUAAGCAGCUCUUGGUGAUGUACUUUGUUGGAUUGACGAUUUUGCACCGUUCCCCGACUCCGAACAGUGUUCCACCCGCUGCAUCACUCGUUGCAUCGUCAUUCAUUGCGGGUAUAUACGAAGACUUUCUCCUACGAGAUGAACUACGCUAUCUUGGCCCGGUGUUUGCAUUCUAUCCGCUCUGCGCAGGCCUUUCCCUCCUUUCCUGUUGUCGUUAUCCACAACUACAAAGUACCGCCGAGCAUGAAAUGACCGUCAUGAAGCUUUCACUCCAGAAACUAUCCGAGCGAUGGCUUUCGGCGGUCGGCCCACUGAGAGCCUUGAACAAAUUGACCGAAAAGGUCCGAGAGCUAGAACCCUUCGACGGUCCACCCACUCUAGACUUUGACACCGUGGCAUUUUUUGAGGGAUUUGAUGUCAAGAUGUGCAAGCAGUGGCGAUUAGUUGGACAGGCCUCUGACUCGGAAAUUACCAAUGCGUUUGCGCCGACAUGUACUUUAGCCGAGGUGCUGGACCCAGAAGCUGCGCUUCCGGCAUUUGAGACGCGUCCGGAAGAUACAAUCGACAGCUAUGCUUCCCCGACGUUGGAUACUGGCAUGGAACUCUUUGGAACUGACUGGGAGGGGUCUGGGUUUGACUGGAGUGGUUCUUGGCUGCUCAAUGUGUAA